GAUACUUGUUAGGAUUUUAAAGUCCAGCUGCAGCUGCCUGGGUGUCACUGGGCUCUGAAGCAUCAUGGGGAGAAUGGUGGGGGGACUCACCGUCUUUGGGCUGCUGCUGGCUUCUGCCAUCGCACAACCAAACCAGAAUGACUGGGACAUCUACAGCUUUCACAUCAACUCAACUGUGAGCAACCGCUAUGCCACUACGGUCAUCACGAGCCGCGUGGCCAAUCGCAUGCAGGAGUCGAAGGAGAUCGAGUUUCACGUCGAGAUUCCCAAAGAUGCCUUCAUCAGUAAAUUCAGAAUGUAUAUAGAUGGACAACCAUAUGAUGGUGUAGUGAAAACUAAGGAAAAAGCUCAGCAGCAGUACACACAGGCUGUGUCUCAAGGUCAAAGUGCUGGAAUUGUCAGUUCUGUAGGCAGAACCCUGGAGGAGUUUAGGACGUCGGUCAAUGUCGCUGCUAACAAGAAGGUCACAUUUGAACUCACUUAUGAGGAACUCAUGAGACGCAAACAUGGCAAGUAUGAGCUGAAAAUCCACGCUCGACCCAUGCAGCCAGUCAGAGAUUUCAAGAUUGAUGUGUACAUGCAUGAAAAAGCAGGUAUCACUUUUGUCGACAUAAAAGGGGGACUGAGCACCAAGGAAUUGGCUAAUGCCAUUACUAAGACACAAGAAGACAAAGAGGCCUGGGUGCAUUUCUAUCCCACAGUGAAUCAACAGACGAACUGUGACGGCUGUGGAGAGCAAGGUCUGGAUGGAGAGUUAAUUAUUAGCUAUGAUGUCCAACGAGACAAUGGAUUUGGUGACAUCCAGAAAGCAGACGGCUACUUUGUGCAUCACUUUGCUCCGUCCAGUCUUCCCAGAAUACCAAAGAAUGUUGUCUUUGUUAUUGACCGGAGUGGCUCAAUGAGUGGCAGAAAAAUGAGACAGACUCGAAUUGCUAUGGUGAAGAUAUUGAGUGACCUUGAUGAGGAGGAUUUCUUUGGUUUGAUCACAUUUGACAGUGAAAUUCUUUACUGGAAAGAAGAGCUUGUUCAGGCAACCAGUGCUAAUGUGGAAACAGCCCAAGGUUUUGCCCGGAGUAUUCAGGACAGAGGAGCCACUGACAUUAAUGCAGCAUUGCUCGAAGGAGCCAGAAUGCUGACAAGAUAUACACGAGAAGGUUCAGCAUCGAUUCUGAUACUCCUAACAGAUGGAGACCCAACAACAGGUGUAACAAAUAGAGGAACAAUACAAGAAAAUGUGAGACGGGUCAUCGCGGGCCAGUUCCCACUUUACUGCCUCGGCUUUGGUUUCGAUGUCAGUUUCGAGUUCCUUCAAAAACUGUCGCUAAUGAACGGUGGUGUGGCAAGACGCAUUUAUGAAGACUCUGAUGCAGAUUUACAGUUGAAGGGAUUCUACGAAGAGGUUGCAAAUCCACUGCUGACAGAUGUUACAAUGAUCUAUGAAGGUGGCACCAACUUGACCCAAACUAAUUUCAGCCAGUACUACAACGGCUCUGAGAUUGUGGUGGCCGGUCAGAUUCUUGACAAUAACGUUGAAAACUUUAUUCCACAAGUCGUGGCCAUUUCAGUCAGGAGAAAGGUUACCUUUACAGAAGCAGACACCGGUCCGGACCCCAUUGAAAACACGACUGAUAGCGUUCUACAGAGAGUUUGGGCCUAUCUGACGGUUAAACAGCUGCUGGAAAAAGAGCUGCUGUUAUCUGGUAAUGAAAAAGAAAAGGUGAAGAACGAGGCUUUGGAGCUGUCACUGAAGUACAGCUUUGUGACCCCGCUGACAUCCAUGGUGGUCACUAAACCACAAGAAGGGGACACGGAAGUGCUUCACAAACCUGAAGAAGGGAAACCACACAGAAACCGCCAUCGAGGAGUAGGCUCCACAGCCAGGAAGCAGGGAACAUUAAUGGUUGGUUCGAGCCCAAUUUCUCGCACUGGAAUAGCACAGAUGGCGCCUCGGUCCUUCCACCCUGAAUUAAGCCAGUUAAAUCGUGGGCGGCAUUCUUCAAGAUUCCCAGCUUUGGAGGAUUCUUCAGCACACCACCAAUCCCAAGUACUACCAGGACCACCGGCACACCCAGGAGUAGCAGGACUCCCAGGAGUACCGUCAUCUUCAGGAAGCUGGUUCGUUCCUAUUUCCUUAGACGACUUUCAAGAGGAGAUUGAUCCCACUCUUCAACCGCCCCCUGUAUUAGAUGAAAUGGAUUACGAGGAGUUUUUAGAGGCUUCUUCAGAUAGCUCUCCCCCGGUGACAGUUAAACACAGAUUUUGGAUCAAAUCUGACGGCCCAUCCCGACCACUGUGCUUUGACAUACCUGGAACUGUCGUCCUUAAACUUUUUCAUCAUCCCAGCAGAGAGCUUUAUAUAAAUGGUGAACUGGAUUCAGUGAUGUACGGAGGCUUCAAAAAGAUUGUCAUCCGUGUUGGAAGUGACCAGCGCAUCGAGGUUGAUACUGAAUGGAUCACGGUCCAGAAGGGACAGACAGUGUCCUACUAUAGGGGACUGGAUCCAAUCAGAUCUGGAAGUGCAACCAUCAUCAGGACAGACAAGGAAAUAGACAUUGAAGUUGAGGACAUCCGCCUGGUCAUCUACAUUCAUCAGAAGGACAGAGAAGUUCUGCUCUGGCCAGUCUUCAGACAAAUUCCAUCUGAAAGUAACACGGACGGACUCUUAGUUUUGAAAGCUGCAGUCUACCAGAUAUCCCAGAGAGUCCCGCUCACCAAAGUAAAGAUCAACAAAUCUGAAGUCGAAGUAACGGACGCCCAUGCAAUCGACUACAGUCUUGGCUCUCAUAGGUCCAUGCCGUGUUUUCAUGGCUCAGCUGAUCAGAUUCUACCAAGACCUCUCAGCCAUUUUCUCGUGAACCAGCUUUAAAUGGGAAUUCUUUUCAAUCCUACCAAAAAUUAGCUGUUUAGAUGUGAAAAUUUACUAGACCUUUGAUGAACACAAACUAUGUCAAUGAUUCAUUUGACAAUAGAGCUCAUUAAAAAAAAAAAUCACAGAGUUGUGACUUAGGUUCACUUGGGUUAAUCAUCUAAAUUUGUAGAGAUUGUAGGUUCUUUGACAUUUCAGUUCUACUGCACAGUGACAUUAAACUACAUGGUUGAACAGAG